AUGGACAAAGAUAGCGAGGUGGCCUCCAAACACAUGCUGGACUACAAUGCCGAAAUGGAACUGAAGCAGGGCUCGCAGUCGGAUACGUCUUCUCCCGAUGAAUCACCCCCCACGCCACCCGCUGCCGCUUCUGCAAGCAGUCCUCCCCCAGAUGGCGGACUCAACGCAUGGCUUCAAGUUUUGGGAGGAUGGGUGGUUUUGGCAGCUUCUUGGGGCCUUGUAAAUACCUUUGGAGCAUACCAAACAUAUUAUCAGACAGUGAUGCUCACAUCCGAGUCAGCGUCUACGAUCUCUUGGAUUGGCUCUCUACAAGCAUGCCUUCUAUUCCUUGGAGGCCUCAUUUCAGGACCUCUCUUUGACGCUGGUUAUUUCACGCCGACUAUGAUUGGAGGGCUGCUGCUCAUUUGCUUUGGAAUGUUUAUGACAUCCAUCUGCUCGGCUUACUGGCAAGUGUUGCUUGCGCAGGGAGUCUGCGUUGGCAUUGGAAUGGGCCUGACAUUUUUGCCCGCUACGGCCAUUCAGGCGCAAUACUUUGCGAAGCGACGGGCUUUUGCCAUGGGCGUUGCUGGGACUGGGUCCCCUGUUGGGGGAAUCAUCUUUCCUAUUAUUUUCAGCCAUUUACUUCCGAAAAUCGGCUUCGGGUGGACUACUCGAGUCAUUGCGUUUAUCAUCCUAGGGCUCUCUGUUAUACCCGCCAUCUUUAUGCGGCCUCGGUUGCCAGCAUCAGGAAAAAUUCGCUCUCUUGUCGAUGCCUCAGCUUUUAGAGAUAUGGCCUUUGUGAAUUUCAUCAUCGGUAGUCUGCUGACCUUCCUGGUCCUCUACACUGCGUUUUUCUACAUCCAAGUGUUCCAUGAGCUCAACCAUUUGUCGACCAUUGAGUUUGCACCGUAUACAGUUAGAUUGCUGAACGUUGGAAGCGUGAUUGGCCGUUUGUUACCCAUGUACCUCAGCGACAAGUAUGGGGUGCUGAACGUUACAAUCUUUUCCACCUUUGCCUCUGCAAUUUUGGCAUUUGGUUGGAUGGGGAUCAAAAAUUUGGGCGGUAUCGUCGUAUUUACGCUUCUGUAUGGAAUUACUUCAGGUGCCACUGUUGUGGGAACACCAAUCGUCGUCAUGGUCGGAUCUCCCGACAUGUCACGAAUGGGAACCCGUUUAGGUAUGUCAUUUAUUUUCUUCGGAAUAGCAAUUCUUGUCGGCACGCCUAUAGCAGGCGCCAUAUUUGGAGAUUUUACACGCACGCGUUGGCUGGGUGGUAUUGGAUAUUCCGCUGGAGGUUUGAUCUUUGGAGCGGCUUUUAUGUGCUUGUCGUGGAUUCCCAUGAGCAAAAAGAAAGGGACAUGGAAGAUUUAG